ACGCAUGUCGGUGCGCUGCGCUCCCGAUAGAUGGUGCAAGUCAAAAUGUCCAAAUCGCCCGUAGAGCCUCUGUCUGCUGUGGAAACCGGCUCGCAGUCGCAUUAUUUUCAGCUGCCCAGGAAGUUGCCUAAACGCAAGAGCCGCUUCAAACGCUCCGAUGGCAGCACAUCUUCAGACACGACAUCCAGCUUCAUCAAACGUCAGGGGUCAGCUGAUUCGUAUACCAGUAGACCGUCGGAUUCAGACCUGUCAGCCGAGGAGGACCGCGAGGCGUAUCGGCGUGAAGCCGAACGCCAAGCACAACAGCAGCUCGACAGAGCUAAGUCCAAAUCUGUAGCAUUUGCAGUAAAGACAAAUGUGAGUUACUGUGGAGCUCUGGAUGAGGACUGUCCUGUCCAAGGAGCUGCAGUCAAUUUUGAUGCCAAAGACUUCCUGCACAUCAAAGAAAAGUACAACAAUGACUGGUGGAUCGGGCGGUUAGUGAAAGAGGGAGCGGACAUCGCCUUCAUCCCCAGCCCUCUACGACUGGAAGCAAUGAGACUCAAACAGGAGCAGAAACAGAGGAAAACAGGAGGCAAUUCCUCGAGUUUGGGUGACAUGGUGACCGGGAGCUGGAGGACCACACCGCCAUCUGCAGGUGAAUCUAAACAGAAGCAAAAACAGGAACAUGUCCCUCCCUAUGACGUGGUGCCCUCUAUGAGGCCGGUUGUCCUCGUGGGACCAUCACUGAAGGGCUAUGAGGUGACAGACAUGAUGCAGAAAGCUCUUUUUGACUUUUUGAAACACAGAUUUGAGGGAAGAAUCUCAAUCACGCGAGUAACUGCCGACCUGUCCCUAGCCAAGAGAUCCGUCCUCAACAAAAGACCCAUAAUGGAGAGAUCCAACACCCGCUCCAGCCUUGCCGAGGUUCAGAGUGAGAUUGAGAGGAUAUUUGAGCUUGCCAAAACCCUGCAGCUAGUGGUUCUGGACGCAGACACCAUCAACCAUCCCGCACAGCUCGCCAAAACCUCCCUCGCUCCUAUCGUCGUCUACGUUAAAGUGUCCUCACCAAAGGUGCUGCAGAGGCUGGUCAAAUCCAGGGGAAAGUCUCAGAGCAAGCACCUGAAUGUGCAGAUGAUGGCUGCAGACAAACUCUCUCAGUGCCCCCCUGAUAUGUUUGAUGUCAUUUUAGAUGAGAACCAGCUAGAAGAUGCUUGUGAGCAUUUGGCCGAGUACCUGGAUGUCUACUGGCGCGCCACCCACCUGCCAGGAAACACUCCUCUUAACCCCUUACUGGAGCAGAGUCUGAUGACCCCGCCCUCUGCCGUCUCCAGCCUGCAGAACCAGAACCAGGCGCAGCCUCGAGAGGCGGUGGGCUUGAAGGGUGACGAAGAGGAGGAGGCUGGUGAGGAGGCGCUCUCUCCCCUGGAGCAGGACAGUCUCAUGCCAUCCGACGAGGCCAGCGACUCCCUGUCCCGCGGCCGCAGGGGGAGCCCUUUACACAUGGGGGUUGAGGAGGAAGAGGAGGAGGACGUGGAGGAGGAGGAAGAGGAGGAUGAAUAUGCCUCCCCCUGCCACGGCCGCACAUACAGGGACAUGUACCCCCCUCGCCGUGGGCAUCCAGGCAGCGCCCACAGUGCCAACGGGCACGAGUCUCAAGACAGGCUGCUCCAGCGCGAAGCUCAGCAGGGUCACAACCAGAGGAUCAACCGGCAGCGCAGCCGCCCCUGGCCCCGAGACAACUACUGAAAUAAGCCCCGCCCCCUUCUAGCCUCCAGGUCAACAUCAAGUCCCGCCCCCCAAGGCCCCUGACAGUCACACGGUCCUAAACAAACUAUUUAAAGGUGGCAAAACUCGUCCAAAAUCAGCUCUAAACGUU